AAUAAAAUGGUGCUUUCCGCAUUAAAGUAUUUCGUAGUAGGUGUCUCGUUUGAGUCAAUGUCACAAAUUAAUUAUUAGUCACAUAUUUGUCAUUUUUGUCGUCCAUUAUCUUCCACUCCUAUUUUUAGAUCUACAAAACACAAUCAAAAACUCUCCUCUUAACAAAAAUGGCCAACUAUGAUAGAGCAAAAGAUCUCAGGGCCUUUGAUGACACAAAGGCCGGUGUAAAAGGACUAGUCGAUUCGGGGAUAGUUCAUAUCCCCGAGAUCUUUGUUACACCGGCCAUAACAAAAAAUGAGUUCAGUACUCAAAAUCUUGAUUCAUGCUCAAACAACAAUGUUCAAAUCCCGGUUAUAGAUCUCGAGGGUAUAAAUAUUGGAGGCGAUUUUCGACGUAGGAGAAUUGUUGAAGAGGUUGGUGAGGCAUGUAAGACAUGGGGAUUUUUCCAAGUUGUGAAUCAUGGUGUGCCUCAACAUGUUAUGGAUGAGAUGAUUGAUGGAAUCAGAGGUUUCCAUGAGCAACCAAAUGAUAUAAAGAUGGAAUUUUAUUCAAUGGAUCCUAUGAAGAAGGUGAUGUUUAAUAGUAAUUUUGAUCUUUAUCAAUCUAAGGUUGCAAAUUGGAGGGAUACAUUAGCUUGUCUCAUGGCUCCUAAUCCUCCUACUAAUGAUGAAUUACCAGAAGCAUGCAGGGAGGAAUUACUUCAAUAUUCUAAGCAUGUUAGAAAGUUGGGCCAUACAGUAUUUGAGUUACUAGCAGAGGCACUUGGGCUGAAGCUCAAUCACUUAUUGGACAUGGACUGUGCAAAAGGCCAUUUCAUAAUCAGCCAUUACUAUCCACCUUGUCCUGAGCCCAAUAAGACUCUUGGAAUAACAAAGCAUACUGACCCAGAUUUCUUCACAAUUCUUCUACAAGAUCAAAUUGGUGGACUUCAAAUUUAUCACCAAAAUCAAUGGAUUGAUAUUCAUCCUGUCACUGGAGCCCUAGUUAUCAAUCUUGGUGACCUUUUGCAGCUUCUAUCAAAUGACAAGUUCAAAAGUGCUGAGCAUAGAGUAUUGGCAAAAGAUAUUGGACCAAGGAUUUCAAUUGCAUGUUUUUUCACAACUCAACUUCUGCCAUUUGACAAACUUUAUGGCCCAAUAAAGGAAUUGUUGUCAAAUGAAAAUCCUCCUUUGUACAAAGAAACAACAGUGAGAGAUUAUGUGUCUUAUUACAACUCCAAAGGACUUGGUGCUCUCCCUUCACUUCUCCAUUUAAGACUCUAGACUGGAAAAGUGAAUAGUAUUUUUCACACAUCAACCUAUACAAGUUCGGUCAGGAGAUAGGGAGGAUCUGAUGAAAGUACAAAAUUCCGAUUGUUCAGAAUAUAUAAGAUCGGUUCUAUUAAAAACUGAUCGUACUUAUGACCAAAAAAAGUCUUCCAAAGAAGCAAACUUCAACGCUCUCCAAGUCACUUACAAUUAAUUCGAGCUUUUAGGGUUCAUUUGGACAUGAUUUUAAAUCAUGAUUAACGAUAAAAUAAAAUUCGAGAUGUGACGAGCUUUAAGUUAUCUUGUGAUCUUUUAUACUAUCGUAUUAAAUAAGAUUUUAUGUAUGUGCGAAAAGAUUGUAAUGCAUGAUUUGGUACUUCAUGAUUUGAAUAUAAUUGUUGAAAUUGCUAAAUUGUCUAAGUCUUGAA